UCCGCCUCAAUCAAUUUUACUUUCAUGGUAUCAGAGCCGCUGAUCUCUCAGCCACUAAUCUGUCUCAGCCGCUACUCUUUCAGCCGCUGAUCAAUCAUGAAAUCUCCUUCCGGUAGCGCCGAUUCAACCAGUGAGUCUAGUCACACUGGCGGUGCAAAUCCCACAUCUCAAUCUGAUUCUUUUCAGAAUAUUUCUAUUACUUCUCAUAAAUUAAAUGGGAGUAAUUACCUUCAAUGGUCUCAGUCUGUCAAAUUGUUCGUUCAAGGACGGGGGAAAUUUGGAUAUCUCACCGGAUCCACAGCCAAGCCGGAGGAAGGAGAGGAAGGACUUGAUCGAUGGGAAGCUGAGAACUCCAUGAUCAUGUCAUGGCUUGUGAAUUCGAUGGAUUCAGAUGUUGGUCGUGCCUACUUGUUUCUUCCAAGUGCACAUGAAAUCUGGACCGCCGUCAAGGAAACAUAUUCAGACUUGGGAAAUGUCAGUCAACAAUUUGAGAUCAAGAAUCAAUUAAAUAAAACACGACAAGGAGACAAGAGUGUCACACAGUAUUACACUGAACUGAGUACUCUGUGGCAAGAGUACGAUCUGUUUUGCAACUACACCUGGAAAUGCGCAGCAGAUAGUGCAUUAUAUUACAAGACCAUCCAGAAGGAGAGGGUCUUUGACUUUCUGGCUGGACUAAACAAGGAACUUGAUGAAGUUCGAGGUAGAGUACUUGGAAAAGACCCACUGCCCAGCACUCGGGAAGCAUUUGCAGAAGUUAGGAGAGAAGAAAGUCGUAGGCAUGUGAUGCUUGAUGCUGAAAUUUCAUCAAAUGCUGAAACUAUAGCGCUAGCCACUUUAAAAGCUUCAAAAGCUGAUGAGAAGCCAGAAUUGUCACCUCAACCAUUUCAAAAGAAGGAGAACAGACCUGUUUGUGACUACUGUCACAAGAUUGGGCAUAUCAAGGCUAAAUGUUGGAAGUUAUAUGGCAAGCCAGCUAACUUUGCACCAACAAAUAGGUCACAGCGAAAUUCCAGAGGUGGUUACCAGGUCUCUUCAGAAGAAUCUAAUGCGUAUCUAUCCUCCAGUGACAACUCAUCCAUCAAGGAAAACUUAGAUCAAUUGUGUCGUAUCCUGAGUACACAUCAGUUUGCUAGUAACCUGAACCAAAGCCCAUCUGAUCCUUCAUCUUCAUUAGUUCAAAAAGGAGCACAGCUCGGGGAAGGUGAUUGGUAGUGCACAUGAAAGUGGUGGACUCUACUAUUUUACCUCAGAAAAUCUUCAAUGUAAACAAGUUCAGAAUCCAUGUUUCUCUAGUUACUUAUCUUUAGAAAAUGAAAUAAUGUUAUGGCAUUAUAGAUUAGGCCAUCCUAGUUUUGGUUAUUUGAAACAUUUAUUUCCUAUAUUAUUCAAAAAUAAAGAUGUUGAAGUUUUUCAGUGUGAAAUUUGCCAAUUGGCUAAACAUAAGAGAUCUGUUUAUCCCACUGUGAACUAUAAACCAUCCAAACCAUUCUCCUUAAUUCACAGUGACAUUUGGGGACCAUCUCGUGCCAAAAGUUAUUCUGGGGCAAGGUGGUUCAUUACAUUUAUAGAUGAUCACACACGAAAAACUUGGAUUUAUCUUCUUAAAGAAAAAUCUGAAGCUGCUGAAACAUUUAAAAGGUUUUAUUCUAUGAUUCAAACUCAGUUUCAGUCUCAAAUCCAAGUUCUUCGAACUGAUAAUGGAAAAGAGUAUUUCAAUAAAAUUCUUGGAAAUUUUUUGAUCCAACAAGGCAUAAUCCACCAUAGUUCUUGUGUUGAUACACCUCAACAAAAUGGAAUUGCCGAAAGAAAAAAUAGACAUCUUUUAGAAGUUACUCGAGCUCUUAUGUUUUCAAUGAAUGUUCAAAAACGUUUUUGGGGAGAGGCCUUACUUCAUGCUGCUUAUCUAAUAAAUAGGAUGCCAAGCAAAAUUCUAGGCUAUCAAACCCCUUUAAAAACUCUACAAACAUUCUUUCCUCAUAAUAAAAUUUUUACUGAAUUACCCCAUAAGGUUUUUGGGUGCACUAGUUUUGUUCAUAAUCAUGCUAUUAAUCGCAGCAAAUUGGAUCCUAGAGCUAUCAAAUGCAUAUUUUUAGGUGUUUCAAACACUCAGAAAGGAUAUAAGUGUUUUGAUGUGAGCUCGGGUAAAAUGUUUGUUAGUAUGGAUGUCACAUUCUUUGAAAAUCAGCCUUUUUUUAAUAAAACUUCUCUUCAGGGGGAGCAUUUAGUAAAUGAUGAAGAUAAGUUUUGGAAAUGCAAUGUACUUCCUCUCCCUGUUUUUAAUGACCAAACUGAGUUAGCCAAUGAUAAACAUACCAUAACAAAUAAUUCUACUCCUCAUAAAGAGUCUGCAACUAUGAGAAACAUGGCACCAACUACUGAACUUCGUGUUUACUCAAGAAGGAAAGAGAAAAAAAAGGUUAUUCCACAACUCACUGAUGCACAACCAAUCCCUACCCCAAGUCCUGCUCCAGGUAAUACACUUAUUCUCCAUCCAACUCUUGAGAAAAAUCAGGUUUUUGAUCACAAUAAUUUAAAUCCUACCUCUGAGUCAGUUUUUGUGCCUAACCAAAGUGAUCUCAAUGAGCCAAUAGCCAUUAGAAAAGGAGUUAGAGAAUGUACCAAACACCCAAUCAGUAACUAUGUGUCAUAUCAUAACCUAUCACCAAAGUUUAAAGCCUUCACCACUAGCAUUACUGAUGAUGAAACUCCUAAAACGAUACAUGAAGCUCUAAGUAUUCCAAAGUGGAGAGAGGCUGUUCUAGAAGAAAUGAGGGCAUUAGAAAAGAACCAAACUUGGGAAUUGACAAAACUGCCACCCAACAAACAUCUGGUUGAUAGCAAAUGGAUUUUUACCAUCAAAUACAAUUCUGAUGGUACGAUAGAAAGGUACAAAGCUAGACUUGUAGCUAGAGGGUUUACUCAAACAUAUGGGCUAGAUUAUGAAGAGACAUUUGCUCCAGUUGCAAAGCUCAACACUGUCAGAAUACUUCUUUCUUUAGCUGCAAAUUUGGAUUGGCCACUACUACAACUAGAUGUUAAGAAUGCGUUUCUUAACGGAGACUUGGAAGAAGAAGUAUUUAUGCAAGUUCCACCUGGAUUUGACAGUAAUACUACUGCAGGAAAGGUGUGCAAACUGAAGGCCUUAUAUGGACUCAAACAAUCUCCUAGGGCCUGGUUUGGAAGAUUUGAAAAGACUGUAAAGAAGCGAGGGUACACUCAAGCACAAUCAGAUCACACUUUGUUCUACAAACAUAGUGCAGAAGGUAAAGUGGCAGUACUAAUUGUAUAUGUGGAUGACAUAGUAUUGACAGGAGAUGAUCAGGGAGAAUUGGCAGCAUUAAAGAAUUUCCUAGCUCAACAAUUCGAGAUAAAAGAUUUAGGAAAUCUCAAGUACUUUCUUGGUAUGGAAGUCGCUAGAUCCCAGAAAGGAAUUAUGAUCUGUCAGAGGAAAUAUGUACUUGAUUUGCUGAAAGAAACAGGUCUCCUUGGAUGUAAACCUGUCUCAACUCCAAUUGAUCCAAAUCAAAAAUUUGGAAGAACUGGAAAAGAGGAAGUUGUGGACAAAACUAAGUAUCAGCAACUUGUUGGGAAGCUUAUCUACUUAGCUCACACAAGACCUGACAUAGCAUUUGCAGUAAGCUUAGUCAGCCAGUUCAUGCAUAACCCAACUGAAGAACAUGUUAGAGCUGUCUACAGAAUUAUCCACUAUCUUAAAGGUAGCCCUGGAAAAGGAAUUUUGUUCAGGAAAACUCAAAACAGACAAGUUGAGGUGUAUACAGAUGCUGACUAUGCUGGCAGUAGUAUUGAUAGAAGAUCUACAUCAGCUUAUUGUACUUUUGUAUGGGGGAACCUGGUCACGUGGAGAAGCAAGAAACAACAUGUUGUAUCAAGGAGUAGUGCAGAAGCUGAAUUUAGAGCAAUUGCACAAGGGAUCUGUGAAGUCAUAUGGGUAAGACGCAUGCUGAACGAGUUGAAGAUGCCAUUAGAAAAGCCCAUGAGGUUAUAUUGUGAUAACAAGUCUGCCAUUAGCAUAGCACAUAAUCCAGUGCAACAUGACAGAACUAAACAUGUGGAAGUUGAUCGGAAUUUUAUCAAGGAAAAACUCGAGGGUGGAGAAAUAUGCAUACCUUAUGUGCCAACAACUGAGCAACUAGCAGAUGUACUAACUAAAGGGCUCUUCAAGCAAAUGUUUGAAGAAAUUUUAGUCAAGCUGGGCAUGAUUGAUAUCUUUGCUCCAGCUUGAGGGGGAGUGUUAGAUAUUUAAAUUUAUCCGUACAUAUCUAUUUAAUUGUAAUUAGAUAACUAUUGUACUUAGUCAGAGUUGUUAGCAUAGUUUUAGCUUAGAUCCUAAUUUUUAGGAAUUAGUUGUUGUGGUGUAUUCUAUUUAAACUGGCAGUCUGAGAAUAAAAU